UCAAUCAAAGGAUAUAUGAAAAUUAAAAAUUAGUUGACUUCAUGCAGUGACACACAGACUUGUAAUUUACGAAGUUACAAAUUAUAAGGAAAAGUUAUUGAGGAGUAAACAGUACACUUUUUUCUAAACAUGAGUUCACUCAUACUCUUCCAUAAUUAAAUAAGAGCAAAUGAUAAUUUUCUACCAUUAAUACCCCUAUUCUAAUUAAUUGCCCCAAUUUCUCAUGGACAACCAGAUCAGUUCGUUGGUGACGAGGCAGUCCGGCAAUGGAGACCGCCGUGGCGGUGGCAGGCAAACUCAGAAAAAGUUUUGGAAUUCUUUUGAAUCGUCAGAGCUCGGCGGCACGAAUCUGGAUGUUGGCGACGGCAGAGCUCUUGCGGCCGGCGGCGGCCAGAGAUCUAUGUUGGCAGGCGACAGUGGUCUGCAGUGGGGUGGGUAUUUGCAAUGGUAUUUUUGUCUAAUUGCUGAAAAGGUUCCUAUUUUGAGAAUAUUCAAAUGAUUACUCCUAUUUUUGCCUUUGAUUUUGCCAUGUUUUACUCGGGAAUUAUCUCAUUGAAGGAACAACAAUUAAGAAAAAACUAAUCGGACAGUAUGAGAUAUUGGUCAAAUCAAAGCCAGAGAGCACCCGCUUUUCUAAGCAAAGGCACCAGAUCGCCGGCGAUAUGAGCCGCCAAAACCUUGUCCAAGUCACCGAAGAGCUUCCCGCCGAUGAAAUCCGCCGGGAACGGCGGCAACUGGGCGGCGGGAUCUCCCGUGCAUCUGAGAAUCCGGGAAAGCUGGCAGGUGACCGCGACUUCGUCCUCCUCAUCGACGUCGUGAAUGGUGGGGUUGGCGCCGAGGCCGAAGAGCAACCGCUGCAUGACGUAGCACAUGCAGCAGCCGCGCCUUCCAAACACGACGAUCGCAUUUUCCGCCACAAGAAGCGCGCAAUCGCCGUCUUCGGUGCUGGAAUCGCACGAGCCUUCGCUCGAGGUGGCGCCGGACUUACUCUCCGACCACGGCGACGUGUACGGUUUUUGCAUGGCUGAAAUUGGGAGAGG